AUGAAGAAGAAGAUGAUGAUCUCAACACGAAUCCUGAUCAUCUCGGACACGCACGCCCAUCUGGCCCUACCACCGGCAGACGACUCGGGAUCUCCAGUGGCAGUAGUAGUACCCUUCCACCAGCCGCUCCCUUCAGCCGACGUGCUCAUCCACUGCGGCGACCUGACCAUGAACGGCGCGCUGUCGCAGCACGAAGCCGCCUUGUCACUCCUGACCUCCGCCAAAGCCGAGCUCAAGAUCGUGAUCCCCGGAAACCACGACAUCACCCUGGACAGGGAGUACUACGCGCGCUUCCCUCGCUUGCAUGCCACCUACGACCGCUACUCUGGUGACACCCUGGACCAGAUCCGCGAGCUCUACACGGGUCCGAGAGCCAGGGAUGCCGGGAUAAGGUACCUCGAGGAAGGCGUCGCGGGGUUCACGUUGAGGAACGGCGCGAGGUUGAACGUCUAUGCGAGCGCGUGGACGCCCGAGUUCUUUAAUUGGGCGUUUGGCUACGCGCGGGAUGUUGACAGAUUUAAUCCCCAGCUAGGAGGUGGAGGCGGUGGCAGCGGGCCAGCACCAGCACCAGCAUUUCCUGUGCCUGAGCACGGCGAGAUCGAUAUCAUGAUCACGCACGGUCCGCCCAGGGAGUUGUUGGACAGAGUCUGGCGAGGGGUGGGAAAGGAAGGGGAAGAAGACGUGGGUUGUGACCACCUUCGCAAGGCGGUCGAGCGGUGUCGGCCCCGUGUCCACUGCUUCGGACAUAUUCACGAGGCUUGGGGCGCGGUGUGGAAGAGGUGGGACGUCAGACCGCCCGAGGCAGAGGGAGGGGAUAUUACAGCGGGAGACGUACAGAGUUUAUACGGAGAGCAGAGACAGCGCCAACAACCCCCAGCGCACCUGCAACCAGAAACCUCGUCAGUCGCAAAAGACCCAGACCCAGAACCAGAACCAAACCCUCCCUACCACCCCAUCCACAACCCAAACAGCUACUACAUGUACACACCCAAAACCCCGUCCACGCCGACGACCACAAACCAGCACCACCGAGGCCAGGCCGGUGAAACGCUCCUCCAACCCUCCGCCUACGAGGAGCAAGUGCGGCAGAUGUGCGCGGGCCCAGUCGACGCGCGCGGGUUGGAAUUUGGGACCGAGACGCUGUUUGUGAAUGCGAGCAUUAUGAAUCUCAGGUACAGGCCGGUGAAUGCGCCGUGGGUGGUGGAUGUUAUGUUGCCUGAGGCGGAGACGGGGGACUCGGAGUAA